AUGAGCUCCUCGCCGCCCCAUGCCUACAUUUCCUUCCCCUCUCCUCCCUCUCAACACCCCGUUGCCACCUCCCGUACGGGCCACUACAACGCUCCUCGAGAACCCUCGUCUGCCCAAAGGAGAGGGCCACUACGCCUGCCCUCCCCUCGAUUGUUCCGAGACAUUCUGUCUUCAAUUCCAGAGCCUGUGCCACGACGGCAGGCGGUCCUGCCCGGUCCUUCAUCCAAUAUGCCGGAGGAAUCCUUCGCAGGUGCGAUUCAGCGAGCAAGUCGAGCAGUUGCCAACGCUGAAGAGGCCUUUCAUUCAAGAGGAAGCCACGCAGAAAAUUUCAUCGAUCUAACCCGAACGCCCUCAAAUGAGCUAAGUGAAGUGCCAGGCACGAGCCGGUCACAAGUGAACGGUGAGGCUGAAGCAGAUUAUAUAUCAACUACCACACAUCCGCAUGACGUUCCUCGUCACUCACGAACCCAGCGUUUGUCAACAUCGCUUAACCAGCCUGUCUACGGCUCUGGACCUGCUGCUGCUCCUCCACAGCUACCACUUCCGUGGAUUCAAGAGCCACGACCUGAUCCUGACGACUCGCUCGCCCGUGUCCGAGCCCAACGUGACCGUGCACAACGUGCGCACAUAUUUCAGGCCCACGCUCGAGGCCUUUUCGGGAAUUUCCAACAAUUCUCCUCCGAACGAGACGAACGAGCGGCGAUUCGCCGCCAACGGGAAAACCACGACGCCUGGCUAAGGACUCAGGCUCGAACAAGGCAGCUCCAAGAGGAACUUCAACACCAGGUUGAACAGGACACCAUUUUAUCAUCUUCACAGUCACCCUCUCCAGAACCCGAAAAUACGCUAUCUUCCGGACCAGGUUCACCCGACACACCUCCAUCGCUUAAGCCUGAGAUGAGAGCUACCGGGCUCGAGGCCACCGAGAUCGAAGCCAUUGAUCUGACCGCCGUAGAUGACAUGGUUGGCCUGAACGAUGUCAUUGCCAAACAACGCGCUGAUGCUAUUGCGUCGCAACGCCCCGCAGGAGCAACCGAAUCUGGCCGUACCACCUUCAGCGCUUUCAAAUGCCCCAUUUGCAUGGAUAUUCUAGGCCGCGCUACCGUCACCAAAUGCGGCCAUAUCUUUUGCCACAAAUGUAUCAUCGACACCCUGAAAUGGUCCGCAGACCAGCAUAGACAAGAGCACCCAAAUCAUAAGAUCCAUCCAGGGAGCUGCCCAGUGUGUCGCCAGGCGCUACAAAUCAAAGAUGUAAAGGGUACCGGUCGAACUCUUGUCCCUCUCCGGAUGAAAAAAUUCUCCCUGAAGCGAAAGCGAAACGAUAAGGGCAAAGGGAGAGCAGAUGAGAUCGAGGUGCAAGGCGGUCGGCCGCCCAAGAAGAGGCAGGUAGCUAAGGGUAAAGGCAAGAGAAGCGCGACGACACCUGCUCCGAAGCGCGAAGGCACGGAUGAUUUGUUCGGCGAGUUCACCAACGAGGAUUAUGCAAGUGGCCUGGUCCAGUAG